AUGAGCAAAAAAGGAAGUAUCGAGUCAUCGAAUACACAGACAAUGGAUGCUACAGAGCCAGGAACAUUAACACACAGUGCGUCCGAAAAUUCGUAUCAUUCGAACUCUUCAAACGAUAGAAGUUAUCAGGAGCAAAUCUCGAAUAUCAAUUCCCAGAAUGCUAAUUUGAAAACCAUAAAUAAGCAUUUAGUGAACCAAGAAGACACUUUAAAAUUACAAGGAGGAGAUGUAGCUCGACAUCUAUACCUGCAGCUAGAAAAUGUUAGCAGCAAGGAGUUGACGAACCUGAAGAGGAGAACGAGAUCAUCUUCGUUUUCGAACUUCUUAAGUCAGUCUAGAAGACAAUCCACCGCCAGUGACAUAAAUAUUCCAGGGGGAUUCAGAAGAGAGUUUUUGAUAAACAAGUCGUUGCAGGAAAAUACGGAGCCCCCCAAUUUCUUGACUCGAAAUUUUGUUGAGUUUUUGAGCAUAUAUGGUCGUUUUGCGGGGGAGAAUUUUGAUGAUGAUGAUAAUGAAGAACAAUACGAGGAAACGUUUGAUGAAGAGUCUUUAUUACUACCCAAUGAACGUAGGACUCCUCCUACUCGUAGACCUAGACCAGAAAAGAAGGGUGCAGCCAAUGUUCCCAAAACGUUUUUCUUAGUUUUUAAGGCGUUAGUGGGUUCGGGCAUAUUGUUUUUACCUAAAGCUUUCUCUAAUGGAGGUCUUUUGUUUUCUGCUAUAAUGUUGUUAUGCUUUGGUAUAUUGACAUUUCUUUGUUAUAUUAUUUUAAUUCGUUCUAAAAGAAUAUUAAACAAAUCGUCAUUCGGUGAAUUAGGGUUUAAGACUCAUGGAAAACCAUUAAGAAUUUGUAUUCUAAUAUCUAUAUUGAUUUCCCAAAUAGGAUUUGUGGCUACAUAUAUCUUAUUUACAGCAGAAAAUUUGAUUUCUUUUAUCGAAAACUACUUACACUUUUCUGCCAACUAUGUGAGUACACGGAAUAUUGUCAUAGUCCAAUGUAUUUUAUUAAUACCUUUGGUACUCAUUAGGAAUCUAGCCAAGUUAUCUAUAAUUUCUUUGAUAUCGUCGGUUUUUAUUGUUAUUGGGUUAAUAAUUAUAUUCUAUUUUUCAAUUAUGAAGAUUUCUGUUGAAGGUGUGGGUGAUAAUAUAGUCUAUUUUAAUUCUAGUAACUGGUCAAUGUUAAUCGGGGUUGCCGUUACUUCAUUUGAAGGUAUUGGAUUGAUUUUACCGAUUGAAUCUUCGAUGGCUCAACCAGAGAAAUUCCCUAUGGUUUUAUCGAUCAGUAUGUGCGUUAUAACGACAUUAUUCAUGUCAAUUGGUGUUCUUGGAUAUUCGACUUUUGGUGAUCAAGUAAAGUCAAUCAUUAUUUUGAAUUUACCACAGGGUAAGUUAUCAGUCCAAUUCAUAUCAUUACUUUACUCGUUAGCGGUAUUCUUAACAGCUCCCCUCCAGUUGUUUCCAGUAACUAAGAUUUUAGAAUCCUUAAUUUUCAAUUCGUACUUAUUCAAUGAUAAUACUACAACUGCCCGUAAGAAGGAUGAUGAAGGUAAAUUAUAUCACUUUUCAGGCAAAUAUAGUACGUCAAUUAAGUGGUCCAAGAAUUUAAUUAGAGCAAUAUUAAUUAGCUCGAUAUGCAUAAUUGCAUAUUUGAAUGCAAAUAAUAUUGAUAAAUUCAUUUCCUUCAACGGGUGUUUUGCAUGUAUUCCACUCGUAUAUAUCUACCCACCCUUAAUUCAUUUGAAAACUUAUAAAUUUGAUAGACAAAAUGAUUGGAAAGGUAAAUUUUUUAAAAUAUUUGAUUAUAUUUUAAUAAUUGUUGGGAUAGUUGCAGUAAUUUAUACAACUUAUCAAAUUUUAUUCUUAAUUUAG